CAGGGAUGUACAGUAGUCGACUGUUGAUGCACGCACAACUUCAGGUAGCCACUUUAUGCGCUGAUUUGUGGGCUGCGCGCUUCUAUUCCCACGUCUUGCGCAUUUCGGAGUGGUGCCAUUCACAAGUGAAGAGUCCAGUGUUAGACUUUCUCCUUUUAAACGAUAUUUGUACUUUUUCUAUAACGCAACGACAGUAACGGUAAUGCUGCCCAAUGCCACAACAUUUCUCUAAUGAUAAACAAGCAUCGGUUGAGCUGGUACAUCACUUUUGAGUCUGAACGGAAUAAAAAUCUUGAUUAACAGGGAAAGGAGUCACCGCUACGAGAACGGAGCGAAGUUUAAAAAACAUCAACAACGCGAUUAUUAAUGGUGCGCCAUGGAGAGCACCAUCAUAUAUCCAGCGCGCGCUUGUUGAAAGCAUCCUCCUGAGAGAUAAAGAUGAGAGCGCCAGCAUUUGGACUUGUGUGGUGCUGUCUGGGCUUUCUUCACAGCGUUCAAUGCGGUUUGGGAGACAACCAUGUGCAUUCAAGCUUCAUUUACAGGCGCUUGCGGAACCACGAGCGCCGAGAGAUUCAGAGAGAGAUCCUCUCCAUCCUGGGCUUGCCCCACCGUCCCAGGCCCUUUUCCCCGGGAAAACAAGCGUCCUCGGCGCCGUUGUUCAUGCUUGACCUCUACAAUGCGAUGACGAGCGACGAGGAGGACGCGAUUCUCGGAAAGAAGCUCGCUGGGAAACCGCGUAAAAGCGCCUCUGUGGUCCCGCAUGGAUACUCGCGCGCGCCGCAUCAGCCGUACCGCGCCGCGGCCGUUACUAGUCAGAGUCCGCCGCUGACCACCAAGCACGAAACCAACUUCCUAAAUGACGCGGACAUGGUGAUGAGUUUUGUCAAUCUGGUUGAGAGGGAUAAGGAUUUCUCCCAUCACAGAAGACAUUACAGGGAGUUUCGCUUCGACCUGACUCAAAUUCCUGAAGGCGAAGCCGUGACCGCCGCCGAGUUCCGGAUUUAUAAGGACCAAAGUCAUGUCAGAUAUGAAAACGUUACACUCAAGGUCACCAUACAUCAGGUCAUCAAAGAAUAUCCAAACAGGGAUGCUGAAACGUUUCUCUUGGACUCUAAAAAGAUCCGUGCUUCUGACGGAGGAUGGCUGGUGUUUGACAUCACAGCCACCAGUAAUCACUGGGUUUUGAACCCGCAGCAGAACAUGGGUCUUCAGCUGUGUGUGGAGACCGCCGACGGUAGAAGCAUUAACAUGAAAUCUGCUGGCAUUAUUGGAAGGAACGGCCCUCAGUCCAAACAGCCGUUCCUUGUUGCUUUUUUCAAAGCCAGUGAGGUGCUGCUCCGUUCUGUAAGGGCCACGGGUGGAAAGAAGAAAAGCCACAAUAAAAAUAAAAGCAAAACCCAGCCUAAAUCUUCACCAGCUCUCAAAAUUGGAGAUCAAAACACCAGUGAACAGAGGCAAGCCUGCAAGAAGCACGAACUAUACGUCAGCUUCCGCGACUUGGGGUGGCAGGACUGGAUUAUUGCUCCUGAGGGAUAUGCAGCCUUUUAUUGUGAUGGGGAAUGUUCAUUUCCACUCAACGCACAUAUGAAUGCAACAAACCAUGCCAUUGUGCAAACCUUGGUCCAUCUGAUGUUUCCGGAUAAUGUGCCAAAACCCUGCUGUGCACCGACCAAACUAAACGCCAUAUCAGUACUCUAUUUUGAUGACAGCUCCAAUGUGAUUUUGAAGAAGUACAGGAAUAUGGUGGUGAGGUCCUGUGGAUGUCAUUAAGGGCACCGGUCCUUCUGGGAUCUUCCUGGAAUUAAAAACAUAUCAAUAUGAAUAGUUUUUGACAUUUGAUGUACAGUAUUAUGUAUAUAUUAGCUUAUUUAUUUGCCUUCGCUUUGUAUGAUUCGAGAGCUGUAGAUCAGUUACCACUUUUCUCACAGACUCAUGCUUGAUUGUUUUUCCUGUACAAAUUAGGCCAGAAAGUUCACCACUUAAACAAAAACCUGCUGCUACUAAAAAAAGUUACAUAAUCAAAUUUUUGUGUGUGCAAAAAGAAGAGUCAUGUCGGAUUUUAGGUUUCUGAAAACAAAAAUAUUUUGUUCUUUUUUUAAUAAAAUACAUGUUGUGUUAUUGUAAAAGCACUGAGUGUGUGUCUUAGCACCAUUAGUCUAUUUCACAAAGUGUUGCAACACACAAUUACUGAUUAAUGCAAGUUUGCUGUGGAUAUCGGUGGGUGGAUAUACAAAUUAUUAUUCUGUUUAUUGUAUUAUUAUUAUUUUUAUUAUUAUUGUUGUUUUUGGAGAAAAUAGUCUUCCACAAUCUUUGUAACUUUAUAUAUAUAUUA